ACUCAGCAAGCAGUGUGGUCAGGACUGUGAAUUUGAUUAAACUACAGGAAACUUCUCCUUGGAGAGGUCAGUGUAUCAGUUGAGCUUUACUCAGCCUCGUCAUCCAGUAUAUUGCUCUCAAGAUAAGGCAGUCCAUAAGUUCCCUGUGCAGACUCGUCCCUGCAGAGCAGCCCUCCUUCAGGCACAGCCAUGGCAUUCGACGGCACUUGGAAAGUUGACAGAAAUGAGAACUAUGAGAAGUUCAUGGAGGCACUGGGUGUUGGCAUGAUGAAAAGAAAGCUGGGAGCCCAUGAUAAUCUGAAGAUCACCAUCCAACAAAAUGGGGACAAAUUUAAUGUCAAAGAAGUCAGCAACUUCCGAAAUAUAGAGAUUGAAUUUACUCUGGGAGUCAACUUUGAUUACAGCCUGGCUGAUGGGACUGAACUUUCUGGUGCUUGGACCCUGGAAGGAAAUAAACUUGUGGCUGCAUUUACCAGAAAAGACAAUGGAAAAGUACUUAAAGCAACCAGAGAAAUCGUGGGUGAUGAACUCGUUCAGACCUACGUAUAUGAAGGAGUUGAGUCCAAGAGAUUCUUCAAAAGGGCCUAAGCACUUCACACAGAACUGCACCACAAUGAAGGAACAAUAAAAGACCAUUUUUACACA